GCGGCCGGAGCCGCGCCCGCCGCCCGCCGGGACGAUGGUGCGCUGCGGGGCGGCCGCGCUGCUCGCCGCGCUCCUCGGCGUCUGCGUCUGGACCGACGAGACCGGGAAAGUUAUCUCGGACCGGUUCGCCGUCUACUGGAACCGGAGCAACCCCAGGUUCCACCGCGGGGACUACACGGUGGAGGUGAGCAUCAACGACUACCUGGACAUCUACUGCCCGCACUACGAGGAGCCGCUGCCCGAGCGGAUGGAGAGGUACAUCCUGUACAUGGUGAACUACGAGGGACACGCGUCCUGCGACCACCGGCAGCGCGGCUUCAAGCGCUGGGAGUGCAACCGCCCCGACUCCCCCAACGGGCCCCUCAAGUUCUCCGAGAAGUUCCAGCUCUUCACCCCCUUCUCGCUGGGGUUUGAGUUCAGACCCGGCCACGAGUACUAUUACAUCUCCGCGUCCCCCCCGAACACGGUGGACAGGCCCUGCCUGAAGCUGAAGGUUUAUGUUCGGCCAACGAAUGAUUCCCUCUACGAGUCCCCGGAGCCCAUUUUCACCAGCAACAACUCGUGCUGCAGCCUCAGGGUCCCGCCGGCCGCGCUGGCGGUGGUGCCGGUCGUCUGGACGCUCCUGGCCUUGUAGCACCGACCCCAACGCGCCAGGAGCGGCUCCGCGGGGCGGGAGCAGCCCGGGGACGGAUCCUGCCCACCCCGAACCACCCGGAUGGUGCCUGGGGAGGUCGCUGGUGCUGCCGGUGAGGAUCCUGCCGCCACGUGAAGGCCCUGCCGUGGCACAGUCAUCGCGCUGGGAGCGGUGCCGGGCUGUCCCGCGGGAUGGAUCCCGGCUCCCAUCCCUGUCCCGCAGCUCAAGCUCCGGCCGUCCCGGUCGGGCAUCGCUUUUUACAUUUCUAGACCAAAUACAGAGUCCUCGUCCGUUUGUGGUUUUUUUUUUUAUUUUUAAGGGAAAAAAAAAAAAAAGGUUUUUAUUUUUAUUUGUUGGGUUUUUUCCCGGCCGGGUUCCCCCCCAGGCCAGACUGACCUGCCCGGGGCCAGGCUCAGCCCCCGCCCGGUGCAGCCUCCGGAUUGCCGGGACCGCCGGACACAGCGAUGGUGCCAACGGCUCCGUGGGCACGGACUCCUUCCCAGCCCGGCCGCAGGAUGUGACAGAGCCGGUCCGGACAGCCCUGGACACUCCCGGGCAUGGGGGGUCUGGACAGACACGGCCCCCACUGAGCCCCUGGGGGGUCACCUCGUUCCCUGCGCUCGCGCCGCAGGUGGCACCAAUGUCCCCCUGGAACACCGGGACAGCUCCGUGAACAGCAAAGGAAAGUGGAUACAGCCGAGGGGAGCACCAGGAACGGCCGGCACGGAGGCACUGGGAUGGCCAGUGCUGGGAGCACUGGGAUGGCCAGCAUGGAGCAGCAGCAGGAAUGACCAGCUGGUGCAGGGAGCACUGGAAUGGGUGGCGUGGAGAGCACUGGAAUGGCUGGCGUGGAGAGCACCAGGAAUGGCCGGCGUGAAGAGCGGUAGGAAUGUCUGGCUGGCACAGGGAGCACAGGGAAUGGCCAGCACAGAGAGCACCAGGGACGACUGGGACUGGGAGCACCGGGAAUGGCCAGCACUGAGAGCACCGAGGAGGGACGGCACUGGAGGUGGCUGGCACUGGGAGCGCUGGGAAUGGCUGACACUGAAAAUGGCCAGCACUGGGAACACCAGGAAUAGCUGGCACUGAAAAUGGCCGGCACUGGGAACACCAGGAAUAGCUGGCACUGAAAAUGGCUGGCACUGGGAACACCGGGAACGGGCGGCUGGCACUGGGAGCACCGCCGGGCGCUGGGAGCCGGCGGGCCGGGCUCGCCCAGCCGUGGGCAUCAUUCCAAGGGCUGGAGCCCCUGCCGGAGCAGGGCUGAGCUCGCCAGGGCGGGAGGAGGUUGUGCCAUGGAUUUUCCUCCUCCGCUCUGCACCGUGUCCCCCCGAUGCCUUGGGGGUCCAAGAGUCCCUCCAGGGGGGCCGUGUGCGGGACCAUCGAUGGUGCUCCCCAUGGUCACCCCGUUGUCCCCGACAUUCUGGGGCUGGGCUUGGGGAUUUUUCUCUUUUCCUUUGCAUUAAUAAGCAAAACCCCCCAAACCCCCUGAUCCGAGGUUGGCCCUGACCCCAGGGGUGGCAGAUCCCCAGGGAGGGGUCCCCCCGCAGCCCCGGGGUCUGACCCCUCCUCGCCUUAAAUCUGGGGCUGUCCCACCUGGGGGGGGUCCCGUGCCUGUCCCACAGAGCCCCCCCAUUCCCCAGGGGGUUGGUGGUCCCAGGGGAUGCCGGUGAAGGGCUCAGACCCGACCGCAGCCCCCCAUUCCAAGGAUCCUGGCCCUUCCCACGCCGGGGGCUCCGUCCCUGUACAUACAGCACUAUACUGUGAGCGGUUUUUUUUAUGUAUUGUUGAGAAUGGAUUUUAUGGAAGGGUUUAUCUUAUUUUAUUUUUAUUUUUUAGACUAGGAAGCUGGAAUCUCGCAAUAAGCUCAUCUCCACCAUCCAAAAAAAAAAACCCCAGACAAACAGAAAAAAAAAUACAAAAAAAAGAAAAAACCCACAAUAAAAAAAAAAUCGCAUUCCCUGCCGUCCCUGUCCCUGUCCCCGUGUGUCCAGACCAGGUCGUGGUUCCCGAAGGUGACAAAAGCGUUGUGUUUAGGUGGGGGGAUGCAGGGGGUACCCACUGGGCUCUGACACGGAGCCGGCAGCACCCGCCUGGCCUUCGGUCUGUGUUUUAUAUAUAUAUAGAUUAUAUAUAUAAAUAUCUAUAUUGUGUACAGCGACUGUGGGAGAGUGGAAGGACGGAGGCGGCGGCGGGGCCGGCGGUGGCGGGGGCAGGGCUGGGGGUCCCCCAGAGCAGCCCCCCCCUCCUCGGCGCUGCCCCUCCGUGCCGGUCCCUGUUGUGCCUCGCUCCGUCCUUCGACAUCCCGCUUUCGUCCUCGACGUCGUGCUGAUGGUAACCGGAUCUAUCGCCCCCCGUUUGGAUUCUGUAUUUUUUUAUAAUAAAAUGCAAAUAAAUGU